CAUUCUCUCUCUCUCUCUCACUCACUCCGUGCGUCUAGGCGACAGAGCGGGCGAACCCUAGCCGAGAUUAGAUUGGAGGCUAGCGCCACCACCGGAGGAGGAGGACGACGACCAUGCUGAGGGUUGCGGGGAGGAGGCUCUCGUCUUCCCUAUCCUGCCGCCCGGUCGCCGCGGCGACAAGGGCCUCCCUCGCCGGCGCUGGCGCCCCUGGCGGGGACGAAGACUCGGCCCGCGGCCGCGACCAGCCGCGGUUCUCCAUUGAGUCUCCCUUCUUCGCAGCCUCCAGGGGCUUCUCUUCAACUGAAACACUUGUCCCAAGGAACCAAGAUGUUGGUCUGGCUGACCUCCCAGCAACUGUGGCUGCUUUGAAGAACCCUAACCCAAAGGUGGUUUAUGAUGAGUACAACCAUGAAAGAUAUCCUCCCGGAGAUCCCAGCAAGCGUGCGUUUGCUUACUUUGUUCUGAGUGGUGGGAGAUUCAUAUACGCUUCACUGCUGCGUCUCCUCGUAUUGAAGUUUGUCCUGAGUAUGUCAGCAAGUAAGGAUGUGCUUGCCCUUGCUUCACUUGAGGUGGACCUCUCCAGUAUCGAACCAGGCACCACAGUGACCGUGAAGUGGCGUGGAAAGCCAGUCUUUAUCAGGCGCCGUACGGAGGAUGACAUCAAGCUAGCCAACAGUGUGGAUGUUGCAUCCCUGCGCCACCCACAGCAGGACGCGGAGCGGGUGAAGGACCCCGAGUGGCUGGUGGUUAUUGGUGUCUGCACUCAUCUUGGUUGCAUCCCUCUCCCGAACGCCGGAGACUUUGGCGGCUGGUUCUGCCCAUGCCAUGGUUCCCACUAUGACAUCUCCGGGAGGAUCCGCAAGGGCCCCGCACCGUUCAACCUUGAGGUGCCCACAUACAGUUUCCUGGAAGAGAACAAGCUGCUCAUAGGCUGAGCCCGAGACUAUCCAUCUAUCUAUCUACUUUCACAGGGUUGAGUCCCUCCUGUGCUGUUAUAUUGUUCCUUAUUUUUUUGGUUUGGCUAACUUUUUUGUUUCACGGGUGUCAUUGCCAUGCCAUGAUGGUCGACUGUUAUCUGCCAAAGUGCAGUUUUCAAGUACAAAAUAAUUUGCUACUGUGCUGCUACUGAAAUGUAAGUUGGAAGCCAUUUUGAACUUCA